CUCAUCCCGCACCGUCGUACGGUUUCUCCUGAGGGAUAAGCACUCACAGGAACCACUUCUCCAAGCCAAUCCAUGCUGAUAAGCCCGGUGCCGGCUCUCCGGCGGGAAGACCAAAGAAGAGUUUUCCCUUCCCAGCAGGAUUUGCCGCUUUGAAUGCCAGAGGAAGGGGGGAAGGCACCGGCCUGGCGCUCCUUGCGGGUGAGACGCUUUGGAUGCCCCUCUCCCCCGCCGUGUGCUGGGGUGCGAUGGAGCUUUUCAAGUUGAGUCUGGGCUGCUUUUGCCUCCUUCCUUGGCUCCAGGUAUCGGCGGGGCAAGGCUUCCUCAUAAAGAACAUUCGUUUGGAAAAAUGCAUCCACGUCUCCCACCACGAGCCUGAUGGCAUUGGCCUGACCCACUGCAAGCUGCAUUCCCAGCAGCAGCGGUGGAGCUGGGACCCCGACACCAAGAGCAUCAUCAGCCUCGAAACGAAGCUUUGCUUGUCGGCCUACAAGACACGGGAGUACUCACUGGUGAAGCUGGAGCCCUGUGGGGACUGGGAACGCCAAGCGUGGGCCUGCAGCAAGAAGGGACAUCUGACUUUGCAAAGCCUGGGCUUCCAUCUCAGUACCAAGGAAGGAGGCCACAAGGUCUUUGUUUCAAGGGAGAAAAACAAGUUCAGUAAGUGGAAGACUUCAGCAGAUGAAACCAUCUGUGCUGCUGCCUGGACAGCAACUCCGAGUCCUGCUGAACCAACGCAAGUAACUGUGGACAGACUGGUCCAGAUAUACGAAACUAACACCAGCGAUUCAUCAAAGACACAUGCUGUGGAGAGAGAGUUUUCCGUGGACUUGACUGGCCCACCUGUGACCGGCCACUUGAACAGCACAGCAUCUCCAGUGAAGCCCAACCAGGCACACCUCCCAGCAAACAAGGAUCCAUCCCACAGUCUUUCUAAAAGGCACCAUGGAAAUCGAGGGAAAAGCUCUGGGGCCAGGCUUGCAGGUAGGUCUAAAGAUCAACCAAAGAAAGAGAAAAAUAAAACAAGUGGAUGA